AUGUUGACGAUCAUGAAGGUUUUUGUAGCUCUGCCCCUUUUCCUCAUUUCUCUUGCAGUAGGCGUCCUUGCUGAUGGUCCAGAUGGAAGUUCCUCUGUCAAGUCACCGAGACAAGAGUUGACUGAUUUACAAGGGAAGCUCAAGAGUGACUCUCUACACGCAAUGGAGAAUUAUACCAAGAGAAACGAAAUCAAGGAAAGGCUCAAAAAAAUGAUAAAGCUGAUUGAGGAUGUUUCCAAGGAUACAGGAAGCUCCCUUGGUGAUGCGAUGAAACAAGUGACUGAUAUGGAACGGGAUUUUUCGAAAAAUGUCAAAAGGACCCUCGUCAAAAUGAGACCAGUCUAUCACGACUCCAAUACGCUUAUACUAGAAAUCAAUAGAGUAUUGGCUGGUACAGAUGAGGAUGCUGUGACUGCAAAGGUACAAGAGGCAAAGGAGCUAUUGGCGAGGAAUAAGCCGGUACUCGAGGAACUUAAGAGAGACUAUAGGGGUAAAUAUGCCCAGUUUGAGGCACUUGAAACGGCCCUAAGGAAGAAAGGUCUAGUUCUUUUUGGGACAAGAUCUGACCCCUACGAUACAUCUGAGGAUGUCGUAGGUGAGUCAGGCUAUUCUGGCUCUGACAUUAGAAGCAUGUUUUUAGGAAAGACCCCAAUUCCGGCACUUACCAAGGAUCAACUUAUUGCGCUGGUUCAGACUACGGAAGAGUUUCUGAACGCGAAAAUUCUCCUUGCCAAAACACUCUCCGCCGGGGCAAAUAAAAACUUUAAAAUGGUCAAUGAGUCAGCUGUAAACUUUGCAAAGUUGGUUAAAAAGGUGAAUAAACUUGAGAGUGGUAGGGAAAGAGAGAGGAUUAAAGAGGUACUUGCAGAUGUUCAAAAACUUGAGGAUGAGAUUUUAAACCUGCGUAUAUUGAUCAAGAACAAGGUAGAAUCCGCGAUUACAGGUCCCGAAAUAUCCACUACAAAUGUCCUUCGCGCAAAGGGUCUCCUAAAGGGAGAUGGUUCCGGGGAGGCGAUAAACCUCUCUCAGAGUGUUUAUGAUGAGGUAAUUGACAUAUUAAAGAUAGCAUUCAAGACAAUAGAGAAAGCCGACGAAAUUUUAAAAGAGUUGGAGGAGGAAACGCACAAAGUGGCUACGCUCACAACACUCUUUGAGGAUAAGUUGGACAAGGCAAAUUCCUUGUACAUGAACUUUACCAGAUAUGGAAUGCUGACUGACGCUGAAAUGAAAAGGGAUGAAGAUGGGAUGAGCAUGUAUGGGUCAAAGGGUCUUGUUUUGGUGACGAUACUUACAUUAAUGAGCAUUAUGGUUUACUAG